AUGCGAUAUCGAGACAGAAAGAUUCUGAUGGGGCCCGAUUCCGAGUCUGGGCACCCGGAAUGGAGUCCUUCAGAGUUCAUUCACCUCCGGACUAUUGUGAGUUCGGGGGAGCACAUACCAACCGCUGUGAAAUCGUGGGUGGAGCAGACUGGUUCCAAGAGAACUCCGGAUGUGGUGGUUGCUCGCCUCAAGCUUAUUGCAGCAGAGACAGCUGUUCCUUGGACUGACGAGGAGGACGCAGCGCUGAUGACCGCAUGCGAGGGCCUUGAUACGACGCGGCCGAUGACUGAGGCCUUCAAGUCGGCGACCGAGACAAAGCGAACCGAUAAGGACAUUAUCCAGAGAAUUGAAUACCUCAGCCUCAAUCUCGGUCACGGGCCUGAUCCCGAAUGCGACAAUCACUCCUCGUCUUUCCAAGGUUCACAGAAACGUUGGACUUCUAAAGGAAGCCGAAUUUCUCGAGACCCUCCGGGAUGGAUACAACGACGAGAGGAGGUAUCAGGCUUGGAAGAAAGAGUUUGGCCCUACCAGGACUCUGACGAACGCGUCGGAAAGCAUGGCGCGAUGCAGCAGGUGGGCCCAUCGGAAGACGCUUGGUUGCUGACAGUGACGAAGGAGGAAGUAGAAGAUAAGGACUGGCAAUCAGUCCACAUGGCGUUUGUGGAUAAGUUUGGUAUGGGGCGAACCGUAAAUGCGCUUCGUGCUAGACGGGUAUAUCUACGACAAGCUGCAGCCGAAGCCAAAGCCGAGACCAGCGGCUCUUUGGACGAGGAGACAGAGGAACGCGCGAAUGUUGUGUGA